UCUAUUUUUUUUAAUAGGUAUAUACGUGUGAAUGUGUUGUGCUGUACCCGCAACUAAGUGCCUAUAUAAUUAACGUGGUAUUUUUUGGGUAGCAAUGCAACACGCCAACACCAUCCUUUUUAUCCAUCAUAAGUUGCUCUAAGUAUAUUCAAAUUAUAACCAAACAUGUCAAUGACCCAAAGUUCACCGGAUCAUGCACAUGUUGCUGUUUUAGCAUUCCCAUUUGGCUGCCAUCCUUGGCCUCUCCUUAACCUCACUUGCAAAUUAGCACGGGCAACCCCACACGUACGUUUUUUAUUCUUCAACACUUCCAAAUCCAACCAAAGGCUCUUUUCAACCUCACAAGUUAACCUGCCAGACAACCUCAAAGCCUAUGAUGUAGCUGAUGGUGUGCCUAAUGGCCAUGUUUUCACUCCAGACAACCCCAUCGAGGAAUUGGAGCUGUUCAUUAAGGCUGCACCUGAGAGCUUUGGGAAAGCCAUGGAUAUGGCUGUGGCUGAGUUUGGGAGGAACAUCAGUUGCUUGUUAACUGAUGCUUUCUUGGCGUUUGCUUGUGAGAUGGCUCAGAACAUGCACGUAAAAUGGGUGCCUUUUUGGGUUCCCACACCUUAUUCUCUCUCAGCUCACAUUUACACUGAUAUCAUCAAUAAGACCUACGCUAAUGCUUGUGGUAAUGGUAAUGGUGGUGUAGUGGGAGGCCUAAAGCCAAUUGACAAAACCUUGGAUGUUAUUCCAGGGCUGUCUACAAUGCGCAUUUGUGACCUAUACGAUGAAAUACUCCAAGGUGACUCAAAUUCAUCACUUUUUUCACAAACACUAUACAGAAUGAGUAAGGUACUUCCACAAGCAAGUGCUAUUGUGAUGAACUCGCUCCAAGAAAUAAACUCUACCAUCAUCACCAAUGAUCUCAAGUCCAAGUUUCAAGAUGUGUUCUACGUGGGUUUUCUCACCUUAACUCUUCCACCUCCACCUCCACCUCUACCACCAUCUCAUUCAGAUACCACAGGUUGCCUUCCUUGGUUGGACAAGCAAAAACCAACUUCGGUAGCAUAUAUUAGCUUUGGAACUCUGGCAGCCGUGCCACCUAACGAGUUUGUAGCUUUAGCUGAGGCACUGGAAGUUAGUGGUGUUCCUUUUCUUUGGUCUCUUAUGGACAAUUUCAAGCAAAUUCUACCGAAUGGGUUUGUUCAAAGGACAAGCUUGCAAGGAAAAAUAGUUCCAUGGGCACCACAGAGUCAUGUCUUGGCACAUAGUGCAGUAGGUGUGUAUGUCACUCACUGUGGAUAUAACUCUGUGCUUGAGAGUAUUGUUGGAGAGGUGCCGAUGAUUUGUAGGCCAAUCUUGGGUGAUAACAUGAUGAAUGGAAGGAUGGUUGUGGCCGUGUGGGGGAUAGGGGUGAGAGUUGAGGGUGGAGUGUUUACAAAGAAUGGAAUGCUUAAAAGCUUGGAACUCGUUCUGGGACAUGAACAAGGAAGGAGGAUGAGGGAGAAUAUUAAAGAGCUUAAAGAGCUAGUAGUGAAGGCUGCUGGGGCAGAUGGGAUUGCUUCCAAGGAUUUCAAAACUUUGGUGGAGGUAAUCUCUAAAUAAGACAUAAUUCAUAAAAUAAUUGAGAGGUGCUAUUUGUUAUUCUUCGUAUUUGGAUUGCCUGUUUAGAGCCAAAGUUUAUAUCUCUGCUGCUAUUGUUUUUCAUUAUGUCUGUUUUUUAUUUUUUAUUUUUAUUUUUUUAAGUGGAUUGAAGUGUAACAUGGAAAAUAAAUUUGUCGAACAGCAAAGCUAUGUAUAACUGAAUUGAGUGUGCCCUUUUUUUUCUUCUCAAAUAAAAUCUUGUGCUUUUAUUUUUAA